AUCACAAUAUUAAGAAAAAAAAUCGCAAUUAGAUUAUUUUACAAAAUCGUUCAGCCCUAGUCUUAAAUCAGUCAUUCAUAGGUCUUAAAUUUGUUACCAUGUCAUAAAUAGGAUUUUAGUUUUGUAAUCCAUAUCAAGCAUUAAAAUAACUACAACAGUUAUUUAUUUAUUUUACCUACUGAACGGCUCGCUGUACCCUUUAUUGGUUCUGUCCCAAUAGAGAAACCAAUAAAAACCAUGUUGUGGACUUUGGGGAGAUGCGCCACUUUUUAUCUGGACAACAUGGGGAAGUGUAAAUUCGUCCAGCCAAGAGUUUUCUGCAUGGCUAAAACCAGGACCAGGGAAUGUGUAUGAGGCAACGGUGUAUUUUGUGCAAGGAGUCAUUGAAGCUCGGCAUGAUGGGAAUGAAGGCGGUGGAGUCACACAUGUGAAGGUGAAACACAAAGCGUCCAAAUCAAGUUACCCAGAAAUAGCAGGUAUGUCUCAGUUGUGUUCCUCCUCGUCUCUGCGAUGCCUCCACAGCCGUCUCCGUCAUCAACGACAGUGAUGUUGGUCAUCGCUGUGGCACAGCAACAAACCUCUGGACAAUGUUUGGCGGUACCAAAGCAGAGGUGUUGUGGACUUUGAACACGGUGACGGCACAACUUAUCACCAAAUCCAACACGCUAAGAAGGCGAUAUAAAGACAAAAUGGCAAAGUUGGAGGUGGAGGAGGAACUGAAGAAAGCCUGCAGUACCACGCCAUGCUAACACACUGCAAAAAGGGAACUCAAACAUUACUUUGUCUCCAGUCCCUACCUGGCGUCCAACCCCGGCGAGCAGUUCUACAUGUUCACCAUCAUCGCUGCCUGGCUCAUCAACGUGGCGGGGCGGCCGUUCACAGAGCCCCAGGAGUACGACGAGCCCAACGCCACCGUGUCCAACAUCCUGGCAGAACUCAGGGCCUUGGGUGUCCAGGUGGACUUUCCUCCCUCCAGACUGAAGUCGGGCUCAGGUGAGCACGUCUGCCUGGUGCUGGACCACCUGGCUGAGGAGGCGCUGAAGAGGAGAGGCUUCACCUUCACCAGACCCAAGUACCCUGCAGAAAAGCCGGAGGAAGACGGCGUGAUGGACGACGACGCAGAGCUGACGCUCAGCAGAGUGGAGGAGGAGAUGAUUGAGGAAGCUGACCAUGAGGAGGAGGAGGAGGAGGAGGAGAACAUGAUGGACCUGGAGGCUCUGAAGCUACCGAGCUCUCACGCGCAAUCAGAACCGAGCUCCAAGCCGGACCGGAUCCUGGAGUCCACUGUGGACGCUGCAGAGUGGAGGCUGGAGGUGGAGAGGGUCCUGCCGCAGCUCAGAGUCACCAUCAGGACCGACAACAAGGACUGGAGGAUCCAUCUGGACCAGAUGCACCAACACAGAGACGGGAUCACGUCAUCGCUCAGAGACACCAGGAGCUACCUGGACAAGCUUCAGGAAGACAUGGGGAAGACUCUGGAGAAGGUGGGCAGCAGAGAGAAGUACAUCAACAAGCAGCUGGAGCAACUGAUCCAGGAGUACCGCAGCGCUCAGGCCAAACUCAGCCAGGCCAAGGAGCGCUACAAGCAGGCGAGCGGAGGAGUGACGGAGAGAAGCAGAGUCCUGGCUGAGAUCAGCGAGGAGCUGGAGAAGGUGAAGCAGGAGAUGGAGGACAAGGGCAGCAGCAUGUGUGAUGGAGCCCCGCUGGUGAAAAUCAAACAGAGCCUCACCAAGCUGAAGCAGGAGAUGGUCCAGAUGGACGUGAGGAUAGGCGUGGUCCAGCACACGCUGCUGCAGGCCAAACUCAAAGAGAAGUCCAACAUGACGCGGGACAUGCACGCCACCAACAUCCCCGAGCCCGCCGCCGGGCCCUUGGCUUAGAACCGCCGACGGGACGGGCCCCAGAGCCCUCAGCAGGUUCUGUUCUUCCAGACGGGACG